AUGUCGAAAUGGACAUGGUCGUACUUACGGCCAACCAGCCCUCCUCCUCCUCAUCUAGUUUUGCCACCGCCACCACCACACUACACACUCCCCCCCAGGAACCUUGCCCACGUUGGGAUUGAAAUCCCCCUGGUUGAAGUCCCGGUGGAGUUGAACACACCUUCUUCUUCCUCAUCCUCCUCUUCCUCUGUCGCCGACUUCCGCACCCCCACCAACACUCGGCCGUCCUCUCCUCCUGCACUACAAACUGUCCAAGUGGACAUUCAUCCACCCCCAAGUUCUCUGGCAGAGGAGACUACUCCUCCUCUUCUGCUCCCACCUGGAGAUCCCGAGCCACCCCGAGCCGACCCACCAGACGACCUCUCAAUCCACGGAAGUCCGCCUGGUGGGUUCUACAUACAUAUUUAUUAA